UCACUUUAAAAGUAAAAAUGUUAAAUUGUAAACAAAACAACCCAUGUAUAAUGUAUACUGUUUUUCUAUGGGAUUAGCAACUGACAUCAUAAGAUUAAAGCGCUAAAUUAAUGUAAUAAGUUUUAUUAAAUAUGGCUGCAAAAAUCAAGGUACCAAAGCGGAAAAAGCAAGUGGUUGAAUUCACAGCUGAUAACAUAGAUAAUACAGCUCCCGUGAAAAAGAUUUUGGACGAAUUACAGCAAAAGAAUACUCAGGCCUAUACGUUUUAUUGUCACAAUGUGAAACAGAGACACACUACUCAGAAGGCAUUACAAAAUUACCACUUUGUUGUUCCUGGUUACCCAUUAAACAGUUUCGAUGACGACUGGGAUGGAGACCUAAAUGUCGAUUAUUUUGAAACAUUUCCAUAUAAAUGCUUACCUCCAAAAAUGAUAACGAAAAUAAAGAAUAUACAGAAAACUGAUCCAGUUACUGAUCUUAUGAAAAAUAAAGUUGAAUGGCAGCGAGGAUGUCGCAAUCUUAAAUUAACAGCGACUUUCAGUAACAUGAUGCAAAAGUAUGAGAGUUUGAAUGAAGAAGUUGUGCAAUGUCCAAAGCACAUUGUAGAAAUGGCAGCUCACCUGGACAGUGAUCCAGAUACUUAUUUUAAUAGUUCAUAUAAUUGGUAUUAUGCUGGAAAUGGAAACCUGCAGAUUGUCUGCAUUGAUUGGGUAGAUUAUUUGCUCCACAGUGAAUUCACUUUAGUUUAUUUAUCAGAGUUUAACAAAAAUGAGCUACUUAUAAAUCCUGAACAUAUAGCUUCUUUUGAUUGUGGUGAAGAUAACUUCAUAUUUGAAACUAUUUGUUCACAAAAUAUUAUUGCACUCAGAACAAAAUAUAAGAUCAUCAUACUAAAAAUAAUUUCAGACGAUUUUCAAAUAAAAAUAGAAAAAGUAAAAUGUUCUUACUCAGAAUUACCAUAUUGUAGCAUUACUUUUGAUAAUCAUCAUAAGAACAUACUAUAUGUUACAACAUUGGAUAAUAGAUUGAAAAUUAUCAAUCUGGACAGAUUAAAAGCAAGGAGUGUUGAUUUAAAAUGUAAAAGCACAUCAUCAAUUGAUAAUUGGAAUACUGUAAUAGGCUCUGGUAGAGGUUUCUAUACACAUGUAAAAAGAAAUUCAAUUUCAAUUUACGAUAAACGAUCUAAUGAUCAUGUCUAUGUUUGGAAAGAUGUAAGAAGUAUAACAGACGAGAUUGCAUGUAACGAUAUUUGUUUAGCAAGACAUUUUGAAGGUACAUCCUCAUUGUAUUUUGCUACAGAUCAUCAUCUCUUCUUAAUGGACCUAAGAUUCUAUCAAUCUUCCAAUUCAAAAGUUGUGCAAAGAUGGACCCACGGUAUGGAAAGUGUGCCAACAUAUUUAUCUUAUUGCAACUUCGAAAUGAAUAAAGACAUUAUAUGUCUUGGUAGUCAAUGGUGUGAGGAUAUGUGUUUAGUACCUAAUUAUAAUGAUAGAUUAAUUAAAGAAACUUAUUCCGGAGGUGUUACUGUACCUUUUCGCCCCCCUAGCAUAUUAAACACUCUUAAUAAUGCUAAACAAAAAAUGUUAUGCCAUGAUUUCUAUAAUCCUAUAGAUGCUAGGCUAUGUACUGCUAUAACUGGUGUACUAAUAAUGGAACAAGGAGAAAAAUAUGACAUUCUCAUGCAGAACUCAUUGGGAGAUAUAUCUUGUCACACAUUAUUUCCAGAACAUAUGGAAUUAUUUAUUGAUGAUGAUAGUGCUCAAAGUUUACACAGCUGGAGCGAGCCCUUUAAGCUAGAGAAUAAAGAAUUCGAAGUUUCCUCUAUCGAAAAUAUUGCAAGUGUAUGGAAACAAUUGAAAGUAUCUGAUGUGUUAGAAGUGGACGGUCUAGUCAUAGCAAAAAAGAGAUUCAAUGAAGAGGAUAUAAAAGAUGUGUUUGAUAAUGAAGAAAUUGACAGUGGUCUUCAAGAGGCUUGGGUAAAGGCCCCAAAUGAAACUGUCGUCGACGAGUCCUCCAUGGCUCUAAAAUUAUAUUUUUCUGAGGAUGAAGAAACCAUUUCCUAACUUAGUUAUAAUAAAUUUCAUAGGUUUUUUUAUGCUUAAGCAUUACUCUAAUAGUAAAUGAUAGUCAGCGUAAAUUUUUAUACUCAUGUAUUUAUUGUAUUUACAAAAUAAAACAAUAACUUUCAUUA